UACCCCAGCAUAGUCGAUAGCAUCUUCUUGUAAAUAUAAUUCCAUCAUGGCACCUAUGCAAGUACCCACUUUAGCCAUCCCUGGCGAAAACACUCAACCUCAGACUAUAGAUAUCCCACAGCACGAACAUCAGCACCAACCACAAUUUACCGGUCAUUUGCAAAAAAAACAAGCACCUGAGGGAUCAAUAGAAUGGUAUUUUGACCAAGGUGUAAACUGGAUGGGUGACCAUCCUUGGAUUACCGGUAUGGGUGUGUUAACCUUAGCAUAUUUCGGUGCUGGGUUCAUUAAGUCAAACCAACCAGGUAUAAACGGAAAAGCGUUCAUUAAAGGUGGAUUUGGACAAAAGAUGACUGCCAAGGAAGCAUUACAAAUAUUGAACUUGAAAGAAAGUAAUUUGAGUAAAGCUAAAUUGAAGGAACAACACAGAAAAUUAAUGAUGGCUAACCAUCCGGAUAAAGGUGGGUCUCCACUUUUGGCUACAAAAGUUAACGAAGCUAAGGAUUUCUUGGAAAAAAGAGGUGGUAUGAAAGAUAAAUAGAAUAGUUAAUGUCUUUGUAAAUAGUUAAUGGCAUAGAUAAAUUGUUGUGUAUCCAAUUGCAGUCGCUAAUUUCUUUGGUUGAAAAAAUUAAACCUAGAUUACCCCUAUUACUCAAGCCUCUAGACACUAUUCGGUCUGAAUAAGCAAUGUAAGUUAUGGAUCAGAGUUGUUGCAGUGUGUGGCACAUAGAGGGGUGUAUUGCACAACUGACCAUAUGGUGUAAAGUCAGGUUUUGACAAGAGCAUUUAAAUUAUAUGGGCUAUGCAAGAUUCCUCUAAUAAAAUUAUUCGGCCGAACUGAUGCGACGUCAUCCCUGCAAAGGGCAUGACGUGGAAAGCCAGAUUCUUCUCAUUUCCUGUAGAAUUUCAUGACAGAGAUAGCUAGUCUUUAUCUAAAUUACCUAUUAUACCUACUAUAUAUAUAAAAAAUACACAUACAACUUACGGUUGUUCUCUGUUAGUGCU